AUGGUGGGUGUGGCUGCAAUGGGAGUAUUGGUUCUCAUCUUGCUGUCACUGUGCUGUUUGAUUUCUGGAAAAGCUGCGGAAUUUUCAGAGAUAAGUCAACUUCUGGAGUUGAAGAACGCCAUUGUUGACCAUCAUAACAUGCUCUCAACCUGGAAAUCUUCAAACCCAAAUCACUGUUCUUGGUUUGGAAUCACGUGCAAUUCACAUGGUAGGAUUUCUGAGUUGAGGAUACCAGGAGGUAAUUUUGUUCAUUCUGGUUCUUGUUUGAGUAGUAAAUAUUCUGAUCUUGCAUUGCAUGGUUCUGGGAUUGUGAGGGAUUGUUCUUCGUUAAAGAAAGGGAGAUUUUUAGGGGGGAAACUGUCGAAUGUAAUUGGGAAAUUUUCAGAGCUUCGGGUUCUAUCGUUUCCAUUUAAUGAAUUUAGGGGUGAAUUACCCAAUGGGGUCUGGGGUUUAACGAAACUUGAAGUGAUUGACAUCGAAGGGAAUUCGAUUACUGCAAAUUUAUCUACAAUCAACUUCAAGAAUUUGAAGAAUUUGCAAGUUUUUAAUCUAGGGUUCAAUAAAUUAUUUGGAGAAAUCCCUAAUUCUCUCUCAGAAUGUGAAGCUUUAAGCUUCUUAAGUCUUGCUGGAAACCAAAUCGAAGGGUAUGUCCCUGAUUUUCUUGGUAACUUUGUGAAGUUAAAAGGGAUUAAUCUGUCAUCAAAUCAAUUUAUCGGAUCAUUACCGCAUGAAUUCUGGAAUAAUUGUCGUGUUCUUGAGCAUGUUGAUUUUUCCAGUAACUUCUUGACAGGUAAAAUCCCUAAAAGUUUUGGAAAUUGCAGCAAUUUGAGAGCAAUGUUCCUCUUUUCAAAUGGAUUUUCUGGUGUUCUUCCUUUCGAACUUUCAAACCUUCAAAUGCUUGAAGUUUUAGAUGUUUCCAGAAACAGAAUCAGUGGAGUUCUUGAUGAAAAGCUUCAUGUUCGUUGUAUGCGAGUGUUUGAUGUUAGCAGAAAUCUCAUGUUUGGAUCCAUUCCUGAUUUCAUCAACCCUUGUCAUCUAAACAUUUCGCGACACUCUGAUCCUGUCGCUAAAUAUCUCUCCCACCUCACUCAUAAAACUCGAGUAGAAACCCGUCUUCCUUUUUCCCGAUUUACCCCUGCCACGAUCCAUGAUUUCAGUGACAAUAAUUUCACAGGUCCAAUCCCAUUGCUUCCUAUGAUAUCAAGAACAGGGAAGAAGAUCGAUUAUGCAUUUCUAGCAGGUGGAAACAAGCUCUCGAGUGGUUUAUUUCGUGAAAAUCCGUUUAAAAACUGUCAUAAUCUAAAUAGGCUUUUCAUAAAUGUGAGCAACAACGUCAUAUCCGAUAGAAUUCCAUCCAAUGUCGGCGUAAAUUGGGAAUGUUUGAAGUUCUUGGAUGCAUCAAAGAAUCAAAUCGCAGGUGAAAUCCCUAAAAGUCUUGUUAAUCUUAGAAAUUUAACAGCUCUUCUUCUCAACAACAACAAGUUAUCCGGCGAAAUUCCUUCGGGUUUUUUGAAAAUUAAGUUCAAUUUUUCAUUCAAUAACUUAUCUGGAUCAAUAACAAUGGAUCGAAAUUCCAUAAACUGUAAAAAUUUCAUUGGAAACCCAUUACUCCAUCGUUGCCAGCUCAUUAGUUUGUCAUCAGUCCCAUCACAAGAACCAUUGGCAUUGGGUUUCGAGUCCCUAAACAGUACAGUUUCAUCAGAUUCAAAUCAACGGAAAAAGGGUUCAAAGUAUUUUGAGCUAAUUUUGAUUAUAGUUCCAUCUGUAAUCAUCAUCAUUCUCGUUGCUCUCAUUCUCAUAUAUCUUUACCAGAGAAAAAAAAAACCCACCUCAGAGAUCUCCGGAAUCUCACUCCCACCACCCCGAUCUCCUCCUCCUCCUCCUCCUCCUCCACGUUCUCCUCACCAUUGUCAACAACCAGUUGUCGUUUUCAAAGAGAUAGGGGUACAAUUGACCUUAGACAAAGUCGUUCAAGCAACCGGAAACUUCACUUCAAGAAACUGUAUCGGGUCGGGUGGUUUCGGGUCGACUUAUCGGGCCGAAAUAUCUCCGGGAACCAUCGUGGCUGUAAAAAGACUCACAGUUGAAAUGUGUCAAGGGGUCCCACAAUUCAAUGCUGAAAUCCGAAGUCUCGGAAGAAUCCGACACCCAAAUCUCGUGACUUUAAUCGGAUAUUACGCAAGCCCAUCCGAAAUGUUCCUAAUUUACAAUUAUCUCCCUGGAGGAAACCUAGAAAAAUUCAUCCGGGAAAGACCGGUCCACGCCCUUGGAUGGAAUGUAAUUCACAAAAUCGCCCUCGGAAUCGGAAACGCGCUUUCCUUUCUUCACGAUCAAUGUAAACCGCGAAUCCUACACCGUGAUGUUAAGCCGAGUAACAUCUUAUUAGACGAAGAGUUCAACGCGUAUUUAUCGGAUUUCGGGUUGGCCCGUUUGUUAGAUGAUUUUGAGACACAUGUCACCACGGGAGUGGCCGGGACUUUCGGUUACGUGGCGCCGGAAUACGCGCUGACGUGUCGGGCAUCGGAAAAAGCUGACGUGUACAGCUAUGGAGUGAUGUUGCUUGAGUUGAUUUCUGAUAAGAGAGCUUUGGAUUCGUCUUUUUCGAGUCAGGAGAACGGUUACACGAUUGUCUCGUGGGCGUGGAUGCUCCGGCGAGAGGGGCGGCCGGAGGAGGUUUUCACCGCCGGAUUGUGGGAAGCGGGCCCGGAGGAUGUUCUUCUUGAGUUGCUUCAUUUGGGUUUGGUUUGCACCGGAGAUUCAGUCACAGGGAGACCUACAAUGAGACAAGUUGUUCGGAAAUUGAAGCAAAUUCAACCCGUUUGA